UUCCCGCGCGCCUCCCUCAAUCCCGCGAGGCCGCGAUAUCAUAUAGCCGCUCCCCUUCCGGUGUUUUUUCCCAUUCCACUCCGCGCCACUCCCAAUGCGCGCGCCGCGAUGACGACGCCACCGCGCAACGCGACCCUCCCCGUCCUCCUUGUCCUCCUCCUGCUCGCGCCGCACCUCCUCGCCACAGCGCCGGCGUUUGCUAGCCGCGGCCUCAGCGCGUCCGACGCCGCCCACAUCCGGAGGCGCCAGCUGCUGCAGUACCACGGCGGCGGCGCCGGCAAUGGCAGCGGCGUGGUCGUCGACCCGUCCUACGCGUUCCCGAACCCGCGCCUCCGCGACGCGUACGUGGCGCUGCAGGCGUGGAGGCGCGCCAUCCUCUCCGACCCGCACAACGUGACGGGCUCGUGGACGGGCCCCGACGUGUGCGCCUACGCCGGCGUCUACUGCGCGCCCUCGCCGCAGGACCCCGACCUCACCGUCGUCGCCUCCGUCGACCUCAACCACGCCGACCUCGCCGGACACCUCCCGGAGGAGCUGGGCCUGCUCGCUGACCUCGCCGUUCUCCACCUCAACUCCAACCGCUUCUGCGGCCUCGUGCCCCGGUCGCUGGACAAGCUCCACGCGCUCCACGAGCUCGACCUCAGCAACAACCGCCUCGUCGGCGCCUUCCCCGACGUCGUGCUCCGCCUGCCCAGCCUCAGAUACCUCGACCUGCGCUUCAACGACUUCGAGGGACCCGUGCCCAGCGAGCUCUUCGACCGACCGCUCGACGCCAUCUUCAUCAACUCCAACCGAUUCCGUUUCCAGAUCCCCGACAACUUCGGCAACUCGCCGGCCUCCGUGCUCGUGCUCGCCAACAACGACUUCGGCGGCUGCCUCCCGGCCUCCGUCGCCAACAUGUCGUCCACGCUCAACGAGAUCAUCCUCAUGAACACGGGGCUCAAGUCCUGCGUGCCGCCGGAGCUCGGCGCGCUCAUGGGCCUCACCGUGCUCGACCUCAGCUUCAACAAGCUGAUGGGCGCCAUCCCCGACGAGCUCGCGCGCCUCCACAGCAUCGAGCAGCUCGACCUCGGCCACAACCGCCUCGUCGGCGACGUGCCGGAGGAGAUCUGCCGCCUGCCGCACCUCCAGAACUUCACCUAUUCCUACAACUUCAUCACCGGCGAGCCGCCCGUCUGCCUGCACGUCAAGAGCCUUGACGACCGCCGGAACUGCAUCCCCUACCGCCCCGACCAGAGGUCGCCAGAGCAAUGCAACUUCUUCAGGAACCACCACCACGUCAACUGCGAUGCCUUCAAGUGCAAGAAGUUCAUCCUGCCGUCGCCACCCCUGCCGCCACCACCUUCACCUCCUCCGCCGUCUCCUCCUCCACCGUCGCCGUCUCCACCGCCGCCUUCGCCUCCCCCACCAUCCCCUCCUCCGCCAUCACCAUCCCCUCCCCCACCUUCGCCUCCUCCACCAUCUCCUCCACCACCUUCACCUCCUCCGCCGUCUCCUCCACCCCCGUCCCCAUCCCCUCCUCCUCCUUCUCCCCCACCGCCGUCUCCUCCACCUCCAUCCCCAUCACCUCCUCCUCCUUCUCCCCCACCGCCGUCGCCACCUCCACCAUCUCCAUCGCCGCCACCUCCCUACUACGAGGUGUCACCAGAGGAACGGUACCUCUCCCCGCCGCCUCCGGCCUACACCGAGGUCCCGCCGCCGCCCUACUACGAGGUGUCACCGGAGGAGCGUUACCUCUCGCCGCCUCCACCAGCGCACCAGGAGUCGCCACCUCCCAUCCACCACGACCCGCCACCUCCACCCUACUACGAAGUGUCUCCGGAGGACCGGUACCUCUCGCCGCCGCCACCACCAUCCCCGGCUAGCUUGCCCAAAUACGACUACUCGUCGCCUCCACCGCCUUCUUCCCCGCCGUACUCGGAGGUGUCACCUGAGGAGCGGUACCCGUCACCUCCGCCGCCGCCACGGGCAUUGCCCAAGCUGCCUGUGUAUGACUACUCGUCGCCGCCACCGCCAGCGGCCGCCUGGACACCGUAGUGAAAAAAAAAAUUGAUUCGUUCGAGGAGAUUUUCCGUCCCUUGUGAUCAUACAUUGUUUUAAUUUGUUGUGGUAAAAAGAAGAUGAUACUGAAUUGAUCCUUUGUUUCAUUUCCUCCUCUUGUAUCUAAAAUUUUCUUCUUGGAUCUUUUCGCUA